CCGGAGCCCGAGCGUCUAGUGGCAGCCGCCCCACUUCCGACGGAGACGGUCUCGGCGGCUCGCUGAACUCGCACAGGCAGGGCUGCCGCUUCCUCCCGGAGGCAAAACCCCCUAAAUCUCGGCGCGGCCGAAACCCUCCCAGUCUCAGCGAGCCUAGGGUUCCAUCCCAAUCGGAACCAGAGCGGCGGCGGCGGCGGCAGGCAGGCAGGCAGGCAUGGCGGACGAAGAAGGCGACCCUGACUGGCUUGUCGCGUUCAAGGCACCAAGUACUGCUACGGUGAUGCUUUCUGAUUCUUCUCCUGAAAACAGCCCAAAAAGAACUGCACCACCGGAAGAAAAGAAGAAUUCUUCAGACUGUGCAGGUACUUCGAGUAAACAUGAGGAAGGACCAUCCAUGGAAGGAAAGCAGGAUAAACCUCCUAAACGCGCGACUCCAAAGAAGAAAACAAAGGUUGCUGGAACAAAAGAUAGUUUGGAUAAAAGAAAUGAUACCCUGGAACAACUCGAAGAUGAAGUUAAUGAGGAAAAGAUGCAGGACAAGCUUGCAGGAAACUCUGUCUCCCAGAGGUUGCCAUUGAUCCUGUCUGAUAAAGUUCAACGUUCAAAGGCAUUGGUUGAAUGUGAUGGUGACUCGAUAGACUUGAGCGGAGAUAUUGGAGCUGUCGGUAGGAUAGUAAUUUCAAACAGUCCGACUGGAAAUCAGGAUUUGUUACUGGACCUGAAAGGAACAGUAUACAAAUCAACUAUAGUGCCAUCCAGGACAUUUUGUGUUGUCAGCAUGGGACAAACAGAAGCAAAGAUAGAGGCUAUAAUGAAUGACUUCAUUCAGUUGGAACCCCAUUCCAAUUUAUUUGAAGCAGAGACUAUGAUGGAAGGUACCCUUGAUGGGUUCACGUUUGAUUCAGAUGGAGAGGGUGACAGGCUUCAUGAACUUCAUGCUUCUCAAAAUGAUCAGAACAAUGAGAAUGAAGAUCAACCUAAAGCGAAAACCAAAAGAAAAGCAGCCGCGAAGCCAGCGGCAAAGGGACAGAAGAAGGCAAAGGUUGCUAAGAAGGGAGCAAAGAAAACCCAAUCAACAAAGAGAGGGAAGAAGGCAAAGAAAUAAUUACUUGCUGAAGAACUGGAUAUUUUCCUGUAAGGAUGAGAACUCACUUCAAGCUGGACACGAGGAAAGGCUACAAUACAACUGGUUCUGGUUUGGUUCUAGGAUAGUUGUUUGCUGACUCCACAUGUUGUAUAAUCUGGGCUAUCUGUGUACCAUGAUGUAUUUUUUUAGGAAGAGAAGGCUAAUACCAUGUACUCUAUACUGGUAGAUAUCAACGCUAAAUAUUCAGUUUUAAGGAGACGAUUCUUAUUUUGCAUGUGCAAUGAGAAGGUGCACACUGUGAUUCAAAUGUCUUCAAAUGUAACAUGCAGUUGUGUGAUCAGAGAAGGAAAUAUUCUGAAUGUUGAGAAUUUGCGCAA